AUGACAAAACUCAAACAAAGUGUCAUACAAAUUGACAAUCCUAAUGACAGCCUGUGUUUGGCACGGUCUAUUGUUGUAGGUAUAUGCCAUGCACAAAAAUCAAAUACCGAGGAAUGGAAGAAACGAUGGCAUUUGAUGCGUCAAUCCAAGAAAUCUUUACAAAAGAAGGAAGCUCAGAAAUUGGACAGUAUUGGAAUCGGAUACGACCAGCCGUGCGGAAUAGAGGAGUACCAGAAAAUCCAGACCAAACUCUACCCAGACUACAUUAUCAAGGUUCACACCCAACACGGUAAAGGUGAACCUUUGUUUACCCCACCCACCAUGAGGAAAGGGAGUAAAGUGAUACACGUAUACCACCACGGAGGACAUUAUGACACCAUCACUUCAAUCAAGGGAUUAUAUGGACAUAGUUAUUAUUGUGAAUACUGUGACAUUGGCUAUAACAAUCUAGAACAGCACAAGUGUAAAAACAUUUGUCAGUGUUAUUCGACAGAACUCUGUGAACCUGGCAGACAGGUGAGUUGUAGUGACUGUAGGAUUACCUUUAAAAGUGUUGAAUGUUAUCAAAAGCAUAAGCAAAUCACAGGUCGCAAAAUGAAAAGUAUUUGUGAAUCUGUAUGGCAAUGUCAAACAUGUCAUUGUAUUGUAGUAGGUACAAAGAAAAGUCAUGUUUGUUCAGGGUCUAAGAAAUGUAGGUAUUGUAAGGACAUUGUCGGACCUAAUCAUGAUUGUCACAUACCAAAAUAUGUUUCUCCUGAAUCUGAAGGUCCUUCAGAUUACAUCUUUUUCGAUUUUGAGAGUCGGUUCGAUACAAGCGAGCACAUACCAAAUUUUUGUUGUGCUCAACGCUUUUGCGAUGAAUGUAUCCGUAAGGACAUAACGGAACCGUGCGAGCACUGCGACACGUUACCUGAACCCAGGGAAAUGUUGUUUAGGGGUGAUAAUACCGUGGCCGAAUUUUGUUCUUGGUUAUUUAACCCCACCCACAAAGGAUCCACGGUCAUAGCUCACAAUUUUCAAGUGUAUGACGGGCAGUUUAUCUUGCGGUAUAUUGUCAGUUAUACCACAGCCAAACCCGAGGUCAUCAUGAAUGGAAGCAAACUCAUUUCCCUGAAAUGCCAUGGACUCAGAAUGAUUGAUUCCUUGAGCUUUCUCAGUAUGCCAUUGUCAGCUUUUCCCAAAACGUUUGGUCUUACUGAAAUGGCAAAAGGCUAUUUUCUACAUUGGGCCAAUAAAGCUGAAUUCCAGAACUAUGUGGGAUUUUACUUAGACUUAGAAUACUAUCAUCCUGGCGAUAUGAAACCCGAAGCCCGUGAAGCCUUUUUAGAAUGGCAUCAGGAAAAGGUCAAAAGAGGUUCCAUCUUCGACUUUCAAAAAGAGAUGGAAACGUAUUGCCGAUCAGAUGUAGAAAUUUUAUGGAGGGGUUGUGGUGAAUUUCAACAUCGGUUAAUGGCCAGUGACGGCAUCAAUCCUUUUACCGAAUGUGUCACUUUAGCUCAAGUCUGUUAUUGUGCCCACCGCAAAAAUACAUUGCCAGAAAAGAGUUUGGGUGUACGGUGGUUACAGGCUGAGGCAACUAUCACAGGAAAACCCAUUCGUCAUGCAUUGAACGGUGGGGAGGUCCGUAUAGGUCCUUAUUCUGUUGAUGGGUACAAUGCAGAGACCAACACGGUGUAUGAGUUUCUGGGGUGCUGGACUCAUGGGUGUGAAACAUGCUAUCCAAAGCGUGAGGUCAAAAAUCCUUACUCGUUAAAGACCAUGAAUACAUUGUAUGUAGAGACCUUUUCAAGAUUUGAAGCUUUGCAAAAUCUAGGGUACAACAUUGAAUACAUUUGGGAAUGUAAAUUUGACCAAAAAUGCAAGGAAGACCCUGAGUACAAGGGUUUGAUUGAUCGGUUCUAUCCCCAUAUGGAACCUAUCAAACCCGUGAUGCUCUGUUUGGUGGACGUACCAAUGCAGUCACCCUAUACCAUGAAGUAG